ACCCUUUCUCCUCCCCAUUCUCUGUACCUGAGAAGACAAAAAGAAACAGCUGUUGGACUCUGUGGGAGGAGUUCUGACUUGAAGAGUUUGGUCAGUAACCUUGUUGGAAGCAUGUGGUGAGAAAAUUUGCUUUGCAACUAAGAUAGAGUCUUAAGUAGAAACUAGUUCGAAUGUGGGAGUUGUCCCAGAUGCGGUUGCUGCUGAUGUCGCCCUGGGAGAAUGCCUUGAUGGGUGAUUAGCACCAUUCAGUGAUGGGCUGUGGGACAAGCAAAGUGCUUCCCGAGCCCCCCACAGACGUUCAGUUAGAUCUGGUUAAAAAGGUUGAGCCUUACACUGGUCAUAAAAAUGACGUGUACAAGCACUUCAUCAAGGAUGAUGGUGGAGCUGCUAUCAAAGCUGGCUCCCCCUCACCCCCUUGUCACACGAACCCCUAUUCUGGUGGCCACCCACCUAACUACAUGGAGCAGCCUGAGCCCCGCAAGAACAAGGUGGCUAAGUACCGUGCCAAAUUUGACCCCAGGGUGACCGCCAAGUAUGACAUCAAAGCCCUGAUUGGCCGAGGCAGCUUUAGUCGUGUUGUGCGGGUGGAACAUAAGGCUUCCAAGCAGCCUUAUGCAAUCAAGAUGAUAGAGACCAAGUACCGUGAAGGGAGGGAAGUGUGCGAAUCAGAGCUCUGUGUGUUGCGACGUGUCCGGCACACAAACAUCAUCCAGCUCAUUGAGGUGUUUGAGACCCAGGAGCGAGUCUACAUGGUGAUGGAGUUGGCCACUGGAGGGGAAUUAUUUGAUAGAAUCAUUGCCAAAGGCUCCUUUACUGAGAGAGAUGCUACCCGAGUGCUGCAGAUGGUGUUGGAUGGGGUAAAGUACUUGCAUACACUGGGCAUCACGCACCGGGAUUUAAAACCAGAGAAUUUGCUGUAUUACCAUCCUGGAACGGAUUCUAAAAUCAUGAUCACAGACUUUGGGCUGGCAAGUGCUCGGAAGAAGGGAGAUGACUGCUUAAUGAAAACCACCUGUGGGACACCAGAGUAUAUCGCCCCAGAAAUCCUGGUCAGGAAACCCUACACCAAUUCUGUGGACAUGUGGGCACUGGGUGUGAUCUCGUACAUCCUCCUGAGUGGAACUAUGCCCUUUGAGGAUGACAACCGAACCCGCUUGUACCGGCAGAUCCUGAAAGGAAAGUACAGUUACUCAGGGGAGCCCUGGCCCAGCGUGUCCAAUCUGGCCAAGGACUUCAUUGAUCGCCUGCUCACAGUGGAUCCCAGUGACAGGAUGACAGCUCUUCAAGCCUUAAAGCACCCCUGGGUAGUCAGCAUGGCAGCCUCCUCAUCCAUGAAGAACCUUCAUCGCUCCAUCUCUCAGAACCUCCUCAAGAGGGCGUCCUCUCGCUGCCAAAGCACCAAAUCGGCCCAGUCCACACGCUCCAGCCGUUCCACCAAAUCCAAUAAGUCGCGGCGGGUACGGGAACGGGAGCUGCGGGAGCUCAACCUGCGCUACCAGCAGCAAUACAAUGGUUGAGAACUCAACAGGAAACUGCCAGUUGUCUUCCCAGGAGCACUUCCUCUGGUGCAGGUGUGCAAUGUUCCCACUCGGCAGGGAAUACCUAGGCUCCUCCUGCAGGAGUGACCCUACAUGUGCACGAAGCUCGUGGGAAAUGGAACCUUUGCACCCCAGCCCCCCACAAUGGUCACUCCUCACUUGGAUGGGCUGCAUUUCGGAGCUUGGUGCAGGAAGUGGAGCAGUGAAAGCCUUUCUUGUGCUCAUUCAGGUCCAGAGUGAAGGUCAAAGUUCAGGGCCUCAAGUACUCAGCAAAUUAGGGAGCCACAAAGAGAAAAGCCCCCUCCCCAGCCCAGGAGUUUGGCUGCCUUUAGUUAUUUAUUGAUUCCAGAUUAAGUCCCUAUACAUGCUUGGACAGUAUUUAUAUUGGACUUCAUGAUGCCUUUCCAUUGAUGCUGGUGGGAGUCACACGCACAGCUAGGGUUGGAAUUGCUGUGACUCAGUGAGGACCAUGAAGCAGAGAGGUUUCCCCCCAAAGGCCCCGGUGACUGUGACAGCGUCACAGGUUAUUCAUGCUGGUUAAGGAUUGAUUGUAGUAUCGGCGCCCUGGAGCACAGAUCAUCUGCAGUCACAAUUCCCCUUUGCCCUGACUGCAGGUUCCUAACUGUGGGGAGGAGAGAGGAUGAGAAUCCUGCAGGAGCAAGACGCUUCACAGGACACCUUUUAAAAACGUGUUUUCUAAAGCAAACCCCGUGGCUAACCCUGACCCCCACCCCCGCGCUAGCACUCAGGAAGAUCUGAUCUCUGUCUCGGGAAGUGUAAGGCUUGUGAGCCAGUGCAGAGCAGCUGAGGCAGGCACAAAGGGAGGGUGCGGAGGUGUCAGGAGAGGCCACUUUGGACAUAUUUUGAGGCAAAAAGCACGAGGACAAAUGGAAGCAGAGGUUGGUGCUGGCAGGGGCCCUUCUGAUCUGGGCGUCCUCAGAGGCGAGCUGGCGUUCCUUCUUGCUGCUGGGUUUAAGGGUUUUGGAUUCUCACCCUAAUGUUGCACCAUGGACCUGACGGAUGGUUCCAACUGUGCCCCGUUACCAGGCCAAAACUGUGAAUGCCCCAGCCAUUACCCACUGCCUCCCAUUCGGCCAUGCACGCUGAUUCUGCCUGUGCCUGGCCUGCUUGGCACCCCAGGCCUGCCUUUGGAUAGCUUCAGGGCAGGCUACGGUGUGCACAAGGGAGUGGGAUGGGGCAGUCAUGUCACCACAGAAACACCUUGUUAACACUGGGAUGGGAGCCUUUCCUACCAGAUACUCAACCUGGAGCAUCAGCCCUGGUUACACGUGCCAGGCCUCAGGAAGCACUACUCCAGGCGCUCCCUGCUCUGUCGGGUCACUCGGGUUCUUAUUUUCCUCUUUGGACUUAAGGCAGAGUCAUUUCUGCCAUGACCUUGUGCAGGGUGUGUCAUUCCCUAUGGUAGAAGGCGCUAAAACCCUGAUCUCCAGAGUCCCAGACCCCACUGCCUUACCCACAAGUCCUUCCAAAGGCUUUCUCCUCCCUUGUGUAGGAUAAAUGAAGCUGCAGAAAAGGCCAGGUUGCCACGUGCUGAGUUCUGGUGUAAUCCAAUGUGUUCCCUCCCCGUCUCUGUUCCUGACUGGGACAGAAUCUGUGGGAACAUCUGUCUCACCCAGGAGAGUCUUCCCCCCAGGCUGGCAGUCAUUACUCUUCAGAACGCUGCAGCCAUAGAGCCCAUUUCCUUGGCAAUUGAGUUAUCAUGGGAUACAUCAUCCAGAAAGGUCCAGUGUGACAUCACUUGUGGCAGAUGUAGGGCCUAAUAUGGGAAACAAAAUUCCUUUAUAGAGGUCGUAUCCGCUCUGGACAAAGCCAGUUCUUGGUGACUCAGCGUGAGGCUCACAAGGUCUGUCUUGCUUUCAGGUGUGCAUGUGACAUUGCACGAUGGCGUGACCCAGGCCUUGCAUCUGUGAUGCAGGCUGCGAUCCUGAGACCAACUGGCCUCUUGCUGGUUUGAUUAGUGUCCCUCUAAAGAGAGACAGGAUGAUUCCACACUCUUUCUGGGCUUCUUGCAAGCAGAGCUCCAGUUCUCACCGAUGCAACCUGGUCUCUUCCAUGGGGAAACCUCUGAGUACACUUGGGCACACACAACAGGAGCAGUGCAGAUCAUCGUGUUGGCCAUUCACCUCUUGGUUUCAGUUGGGUGGCUCACCUCCUCUUAGUUCUAACACGCUUAUGCCCAGACAGUAGCCAUAUGUAAGCAAAGAGGGGACAGUGGAGGUUUCCUGGAGGGAGAGGUAGUCCAAGCUCCUCUUGGAACCUCCCACCCCAGCAGAGGCUAGUGGCAGGAAUCUCACUAGCUGAGUGCAGGUUACAAAAGUAGCUUGGGCUGGGUUGUCUCUGAAAAUGUGCUGCAGUCGCAGAUAGUUCUGCUAAUGAGGCCAGUUAGUCUGCUGUGCUUUUGAGCAGCUGUGCACAUGCCCUCGAUCUGCUGUGCUGGAAUUCUGCCUUGCAUACUCUCUGGACUCUCUGCCUUUGUCUAUUUCACGCAAGCAUCUCAACUCCCUCGAUCUGACCUGAGACUCGGGAGUUUCUCCCUUCAGAAAUGUCUCAUUUGUGGAUUUCACAGGUUAAACACUGCCCCCAUUCUCCCACAAUCUGCCUAGGAGUCCCUGCAUGCAUUUUACCUGUCUCCCUCUUUCCCCUCUUAACUAGGAUUCUUGAGUUUUGGCCUAGUGUGAGGUUGGGACACUUGCUCCAGUAUUGAAUAAUCUCAUAAAUAACGCAGUAAUUGUGUAUCUGUGCCCGGGGUGAGGUCUGCAUCUCACUUGUCUGGGAGCUCUCUGGGACACAGUGUACCCAGAGAGAAAUCUCCUGCUCAGUAAGUGAAAAUUGCCCCUCUCCCCGCAUUUGACAGUGAAAUAUGACUGAAGUUAGGGUGACACCUAGUGGCAAAUCGCAGUAUAUCGUCUUGCAGAGAGAGAGCCCAUUGCGUUUCGUUUCCUUAUAGUUACGAGUGAGGCAUCUCCGUGUUUGGUAUGCAGGGGACUUGGUGAGGUUCUAGGGGGCGUGUUCUCAAUCUGAUCAGACGGAGCUGUCAGAGCCAUUGAAUAAUUCUUGUCUUUAACAUGAGUGCACCUCUCUUUUUAUUCCUUUGGCGAAACUGCCCAGAUUAUAAUGCCCAGUUUUCUGUCCCCUGACUGGACGUUGUCCAUAGCAGAGCAGCAUAUUGGACUGGCAAGGCAGGGGAAUGAUUCUUGGCCAUGUGUGCUUGAACCAUUGGCACAGAAAUUGUGAUACACUAGCGUCUGAAUUCCAGUUAGGAGUAUUUCUGUCUGCCACUGGGCUCUCCUCAGAUGUCUGAGCAGAAUCGUUACAGUUACGCUACUUGACAUCUCUGAUAGCCGCCCCAGCCUUUCCCUCUAUCUGCGUAUGGCCCAGUGUUUGCUGUCAUAGAGUGCUAGGCUUGUGGAGUCACACAAAUAGUGAAGGUAGCUAGCUGGUUAUUUGAGGGGCUAAUGCAGGGGUAGAAGGGCAGAGAGCUCCUUGACUCCCUCUUUCCACCUGUACCAGGAGAACAUUAGCUUGUGAAUGUUUCAUUUGCAUUUUGCACCUGAAAAGGUUUUUCUGCCCAACCAUGCUCUCUUCCCUGGGGGAGAAGUGGUUGGAUUAUUUGUACACAUGGAGAAUUGGAUGAAUUUGUCCCUUCUGUUCCCGAAUCAUUGAUUUUUACAAUUGUGCUCUUUGUAACUGCUCAGCAAACUGCUCCUGGGAACGAAUUUUAGCCAACAGGUUGUUCGAAAACUUCACUUUGGCUGCUUUGCUAUUCGUUAUCCUUGGUGUGUGAUUGGUCACCUAAGUCACGUGACAUUGUUUGCUCCUCCUGUAAACAGGAGAGUAGUGCCUAAGGAGUGACAAGCUGUCUUCUCCUCAUGUGGUUAUGGGUAUAGGUCUGAAGAGCAGCCACUUGCCACAUACGAGUGCAAAUAAAUGUUCACAUGGACAAAGGCAGGAAGCUGGCUGAAUAGGACAUCUGUUCAGUCUUCCAUUGCCUGCUAGUGAACACCAGCAUCCAACUAGUUCUGCCCUGUUGCAGAAAUCUCAUGGGAUGUGAGGAGAAAGCUGAAAGUAAACAGACUGAGACUGGAAGCAAUCACUUGGUGUGACCUAGUAUAUUGUCCUCCUGGGACCAGCUCUCAAAUUGCUGCUUUCCACCCUAUUCCCUGGGAAAUGCUCCUUUAAGGAGUGAAGGGAAAUACAUGUGUCUGUUGGAACUUAGCAAUACUGUGUGAAAUGGUCUCUUCACUCUGACAAGGAGUUUCAGCUUGCUUGCUCUUUCGCAGGAUGUGGAUCUGGCUUUGCAGAAUGCUGUCCGUUGGAUCCUUUAUAUUUUGGAGCAUUAGUGGAAAUAACAAAGGGCUUCCAAGGAGAACAGUAGGUGGGCUGCAAACAGAGAAUGCGACUUUGGAUCCCACUUAUGAAUGUAUUGGAGAUGGACUUUCCGAAAGCCUUUGACAAGGUCCCUCAUCAAAGGUUCUUAAGCAAACUAUGCAGUCAUGGCGUAAGAGGGAAGGUCCUCUCAUGGUUUAAAAAAUGGGAAACAAAGUGUUGGAAUAAGUAGUCAGUUUUCAUACUAGAGAGAGGUAAAGAGCUGUGUCCCCCAGGGAUCUGUACUGGGACCCGCGCUGUUCAACACAUUCACAAAUGAUCUGGGAAAGGGGGUGAAUAGGGAGGAGGCAAAAUUUGCAGAUGAUACAAAAUUACUCGAAGAGUUACUUGUGAAGGCCAAAAUUAUAAUUGGGUUAAAAAAUGGCUAUUAGCCAAAAUGGUCAUGGACGCAGCCAUGAUUAGUCUACUCCUGACCCCUCCCAAUGCAACGCCAGGCAGCUAAAUGCCAAGCUGAUGCAGAAGAGGUCAGUGCUGCUUCAUGAAGUAUUCCAAAAUAAUGGUGAUAUCUUACAUAAUAUUCAGAUUGCAGUAGAACCCAGUAGCCCCUGUCAGGUUCAGGGCUCCAUUGUACUCGGAGCUAUGCAAACACAGAUGAAGGCAUGGCCUCUGCUCCCACAAGCUUUACAGGUUUAAGAAGUAGAUGAGAUCAGCUAGGGAGUGCUGGUGUGCUGCUUUGGGUGGUGACUUGGAAACCAGCUGCAAUGAAGUUCCUGCAACAGGUUUAGGAAUAAAAAGCCUGCAGACAUUCUAACUCCUUUGGGCUGGGUGGUCUAGUUCUUCUAAUGUCUUCUCUGGUAACUUUCCAUUGCUUCUUCCUUCCUCCUCCUCCAUCCUGCUCCUUGUCCCACAUUUUGGACUCUGUGCUCUGCCAUGUGGACAUGUUUGGUUGAAAUACUGAUGCCUGACAUACUGUAUUAGGGCUGUGGGGAGACUGAGGCUGGGCGCAAAGACAUGCACUUCUCUAGUGACCCAGCACUUACAGUAAAGAGAGUUUUUAAUAUCCUCAUGUGGCCUCCAAAAUGAUUGUGGCUGAUCUGGGCAGGACAGCAGGCUCUGUCUCUCUCUGAUGCCUUCAUCAGAAUCUAGGCUAACAAUGUGCAUGAAGUGAGGCGCUUGGCCUAAAAACCAUGGAGUGAUGUUGAAUUUACUGUUUCUCGGCUCUGGGCUCACUAAAGAGACCCCACAUCACCUACUGAUUAUUGAAAAGGGCUUCAAGUCCACAAGCGUGGCUCCUUUCUGGAGUGGCAGCUUGGUGGAGCCAGCUCUUUGGCUAGUCCCAUUAAAGCUGCCCUGUUGACUGCAGUAUUUUGCCAUAGAUGCCAAGAUACAGCUAUGGGGCAGAUUGUUCCCUGUGGCCAGACUCUGCUCGUGCCAGGGGAGGAGAGGUGGACAGAGCUCUGCUCUGCCAUGAAGGGGGAGCAGCUGGCAUAGGAAGAUGCUGUGUCACCUCUGCCAGUUUCAUGCUAGCAGAGGGUACACUGCACAAGAGAAAUUGCCCGCUGCCAACCUCUGACCAAAAUACAGUCAUUAUGUGAUGUCUGAGCUGCACAGUAACAGACCCGGAGGAUCUGGUCCAAUAUCUUGAAGAACCAGCCAGUCCCAUUCAGGGGAGCACCUGGACUCUCCUAGGGGCAUGCUGCCCUCAUUAAUGUUUACAGUAGGAUGGGAAGGGCCAGGAUCAGUAACAAUUCUUGUAUUGCUACCAAAGUGCCCACCCAGAACAGGAGCAUCCCUGUCUCUGGUCACAGCUCGGGCCCAUAGAUCAUCUCUCCUCAGUACCUGCCUUCUCUUUAUCCAGGACCCGUCUGGUAGGAAGGAGAUAGCUUCAUGUCAGAAUAUAACCCCUCUUGUCCCUUAUGCAAACCAACCACCCAACCCAGCUUGGUGUGUGGGUAAUGCAGCCCUGCUGAGGCCAUGUUACAUCUUACAUGACGUCCUCCUGCAAACUCUGACUUUUGAUUCAUAGCUCACGUUCAUCUGAUUUGCAGUAAUAUUAAAAAUCCUUAAUAGUGUGCGACUAGAAGAGACGGGAGCCAACAGUGGCUUCCUAGAGAAUCAAACACUUGGAAAGCAUUACAGAAACUGCUCCUUACUGCACACUGAAAGGGCUGUUGCAUGUGCCUAGUGGGCAUCUGUAUGUGUGUGUCACACAUGCCCUUGCAGUUUCCAAAUCUGUAUCUCUUGAAAAACUAUCACUAAGUGCCUGUGCUAUUUGGUGCCUCGUACCAGACUUUGUGUGGACUAUGUUGAUGCUCUCCCGAUCAUGAGGCUUCUGCUGCUUUGUCCAAACUAUUCAUCUCCACCCCCAGAAAGCUUAGAUAACUAUGCAGCCUUUUAACGCUACAGGGGCAUGUGCCUGUGGGUCAGACAUGUGCGUUAUUGAGCAGGGGCGUUGCCAAAGACGUGCAAUAGAAAGGGCGUUCUCUGGUGGUGCUGCGAGCCCAGAGCACAGCUUUGUCCCUUGCCGCUCUGACCGCUCCCUUGGUGAACAGUGCCUGGAAGGAGAGGCCAUUGCCUGCCUGACAAUAUUCCCUUCUCCAUCUGCAUUUCCCUCUGUCCUCCUAUGCACAACAUACUGUAGAUUCUCUCCUCAGUACCAGACGAGCUGCUGGCUGCUGCUCUGAGAACUUUGCACUGUGGUUGCUUUUUGACUGUGGAAGAAAUCUGGGCCAAAUGUAGGUACCCGAUAGGCAGAACACCUGCCAUGAGCACACAUGAAGAUGCUGUGAUCCUUUCUGUUACCUUUCAUAACACAAAGAUGCCUCUUGGAAGCCCUCAGGACAGGAGGUCUUGACGUGCUGGCUCCAGUUUUGUUGCCAGGUCGUCCCUUGCCACAUAGGAGCUGCUGAAGGUACUCGCAUCAUGUCCCACUUUAUCUCCUCUCAAAAGGAUGCGCUGUUUGUCUUGAGAAGUAUCUGGUUCUGUGAUUUGCCUUUGAUUCCUUUUGUACACUAAGGAAUCUCUUGUAGAGUGAGAUCUGAUCCAUGGUAAUUACCCUGUAAUGUUAAAAUGAGUGUAUAGAAUUAUUUAUUUUGUGUAUCCAGUCUGUUAAAUGUGUAAAUGUAUCUGGUGUAUCCAAUAAACCUUUUGUCCUC